AUGGCUAAACAUCCCGGUGGUGACGUCGGCCGGCGCCUGCUGCCCGUCAUCAUAGAUGAAGUCGCCCGAGACGAUCCUCAUAAGGCAUGGGCAUCGUUACCCAUUGACGACUAUGACCUCUCCCAAGGCUUUGAGGACAUCACCUACGCCGCGUUUGCGAAUGGCAUCAACAAGUUGGCGCACUUCAUUGUCAAGGCAUUUGGUACUUCCGACAACUUCGAGACCAUUGUCUACCUCGGCAUCCCGGACCUCCGCUAUUACAUGCUGCUAUAUGCAGUAUGCAAGACUGGCCACAAAGUCCUCUUCAACUCGCACCUCAACACCUUGGACCUUCACUUGUCUCUCAUAGACCAGGCAAAAUGCCACGCCAUGCUGCUAGCCCGCGGUGUGUACGCCGAAGACAUCACCAACAGCCGGCCUAUGCCCAAAGCGGAGAUCCCGGAACUUGAUGAUUUACUCGAUCCAUCCGAUCCUGUAGCCCCUUUCCCGUAUACCAAGAGCUUCGCCGAGGCACAGCGCGAUCCAUUCGUCAUAUGCCAAACAUCAGGCGCUACAGGCGACCCACGGCCAGUGACCUUCACGCAUGCAAGCAUGGCAUGCAUGGAUUCACAGACAGAGCUUCAGGAUGUGGACGGGCGCCCUCAUUGGACUUGGAAGUGUGACGUUGGUACAAGGUACCUCAUGAUGGCAUCACCAUUCCACCCCAUUGCCGUCGUGUUGGCAAUGACAGUGAGUGCUUUUGGAGGCGGAGUUCUGAUCCCAGGAUUCCGGCAUCGGUCUGUGGACAAUAUCAAUGAAGUAUGCGGCAUUAUAAAAGGCUCCGGGGCAACAACUGGGUUUAUGCCGUAUUUCCUCGCAGAUGUUAUUGCCCGGUUGCCCGACGCAGAGCAAUACAUCAAACAGUUCGACUCAAUGACGUACGGGAAUGGAAGCGUAUCUGACUAUGCUGGUGAAGUAUGGUCGAAGCACUCUCGGUUACAAUGUGUUUGGGGCGCAUCGGAGCUAUUAAGCCCCCCAUUCCUCGAAGGAGAUCCUGAAGAUUACGCGUAUGUCUUCUUUGAUACAAAAAAUGGUGGUGUCGAGUUUCGCGAACGAGACCUCGAGUAUUACGAUGAUGACGGAUCGCGACUUCCGCUGUAUGAGUUAGUGAUGGUAUUCAAUCCGACUUCGCAGCGCUUUGCCGGUUAUUGGGCAGGGCGUGGUAUUACAUCUGCGCCAACCAAACCACCCUACCCUGAAUAUGCAACUGCCGAGGUCUGGACGCCACAUCCGGAUCCAAAGAAGUCGAAAUAUGCUUGGAGGUUCAUUAGCCGUAUCCCGGAUCUCGAAAGCCGAAACAACGAGUUCGGCUUUGGAUUGGAGAAGGCACUCGGAUAUCAUGAAAAGGUACAGAACGCCAUCGUUCUGACCAGGUACAACGCACAGCCGAUUGCCUUGAUCGAGUUGUCCAAAGGGGUUGAUCGUGCGUCAGCCGCGACCUUAUGGGCCGAAGCUAUAGCCCCCGAAAAUGAAGGUGUACCUGAACAUGCAAGAGUUCCAGAGUCACACGUAAUAUUCGUACCAUUUGGCAACUUUAUUCGUGGUUCCGAGGGCCAUUUUCUCAGGAGACAGACAGAGAGAAAGUACGCAAACGAAAUCGACUAUGUUUAUGGUAAAGCUCGAAAGACAUCAGUGAUAGGUGGCAAGCCAAGAUACGAGUCUAUAAUAGAGACAACUGAGGUUGUCCGGACAGUGGAACAAGAAAAUACGGACAGGCAUUUUCCGGUCAGGGACCAGAAGGUUUGA